AUGUUGAAUCCACACGGUAUGUUCGAAUUUUGUGACAAUCAAAAAACAUUUUUCUUUCCAGUAAAUCAAAAACUAUUAAUUUUGGUUGCUACAACAAUUGUAGUCACAAUUUAUUUAUUUGUUUUGAAUUCAAAAGCCGUCGAAUACCCAACUUAUCGAGGAAUUAAAUUGGAACCUGAACCCCUCCCUGAAGAAAUAUUUUUAAAUGGAACAACAAAUUCUGAAAUUGUUUAUGAAGCGCAAGAUCCAGAAAUUCCAGUUGUUGAUGAAACUGAAUUUGAUGAUUUGAGAGCUGCUUAUCGGAGAAUUGAACAUUUUGUUAGAGUUAAUGUAAGUUGAUUAGUACAAAUUUCAAAUCGAAAAGAAAUGAACAUGUUUUCAGAGAAUUCCAUUUGUGAAAGAUGAAAAAUAUGAUGAAAUAUUGGGAAUGAAACAAUGUGAUUUGACAAAAGAUGAAUCAAAUCCAAAAAAUGAUGUCGGAAAAAUAUUGAAUGGUUUUCACAAAUGUAUUGAUCCAAUUGUUGGAUAUUACAAGAAGAAUCCAGAACAAAUGUUGAAUCAAUGGGUUGAUAGAACAAAACACUGUGAUGAUAUUCCGGAAUAUGAAAAUUUAAAAAUACAUCCAUUACAAAAUGGCGACGAAAUUAAAAGACAUAUUUAUCCUAACUGCGUAAGAAAAAAAAUUCUUGAAAUGUUUCUCAACUUGAAAUACAUUUUAGCGCGAGAAAACGGUUCAUGUGACACUUGGAAUUGGACACGAUGUGAUUGCUGAGAAAAAAUUGAAUAUGUCGCAACCAGAUACUGUAUUUUAUGGAGCUGAUCCAGUUAUUGAACCAAAUGCAAAAAUAUUCUCAGAACUUGGAAAGUUUUUCCCAUUUGCUGUUGCGAGAGAAGCCGGAGUUUCGAGUUUUAGAGUUUUGGCAACUCAUUUGAGAAAAGGUUGGUUUUGAAUUUUGAAGUUUUGACUUUCAAAUUAAUUUUUCUAGCUAAAUAUAUGUUCCUUGAUGUGACUGCAGUUGACAUCAUUUAUUUUUUCAAAAAUAUUUUGAAAGUCACAAAAAUCGAUUCACUUUUUGUGGAUAUUGAAGGAGCUGAACAAACAUUUUUGGAUUAUUUCCAUGUUGGAGGAGAAUUUGAUAAAAACGGAAUCACAAUUUGUCAAUUUAAUAUGGAAAUUCAUUCAAUUGUUUGGCCACAUGGAUAUCAAACAACUUCAAAAUUCUUGGAACAACUUUUAAAAGAUAAUCGAUAUAUAUUUGUGAAGCCAACUCCGCAAAGAAGAGGAGUAUUCAAACAAUAUUUUAUUAAUGUAAAAGAUCCAGAAUGUGUUAGAAAAUUUUUGCAAUAA